UCUAGUUUAAGUUUUGAAAGUCUACGGUCCGGACUUAUUUGAAAAAUGAAAAUAUUUUAUGUUUUUGUGGUAUUUGUUUACCUAACUGUGUGGAAUUCUGCAUCCUCGACCCAACAACGGAUCGAAACUGAUCCUGAAUUGACUGCUGGAUAUUUUGAAGGUGAUAUUGUUUUGAAUAAAGACCGAAAUGGUAUUAUAAAAGAGACCAUGCACUGGCCAAAUGGCAUUGUUUACUAUAACUUUGGUGACGUAAUUGAUGAACCACAUCGCAAUCAUAUCUUACGUGGUAUGGAAAUGUUGGAGCAAGUGUCAUGUAUACGUUUUAAGGAAGCCGAUGAAAAACAAAGUUACUAUAUUAAUAUAACUACAGAAUUCGAUGGCUGCUUUGCUACAGCUGGCUGGUGGAACAGAUCUCAAUCAUUUAAUCUGCAAUUAUAUCCACUGGAUGAAGGUUGCUUCCGUUUAGGUACGAUUUUGCAUGAACUUUUGCAUACGCUUGGUUUCUAUCAUCAGCACAGCACGUGGAACCGAGAUGAGUAUGUACGGAUUGCUGAAGAAAAUAUUCAGCCAGAUGCAUUACACGCUUUUGAGAAGUACAACUCUGACUUUGUUGAUAAUUACAAUGAAGAAUACGAUUUCGACAGCAUACUUCACUAUCAUGCAUAUGCAUUUUCUAUAAAUGGAGAAAAGACCAUUAUUCCAUUGAACGAAAAAGAUGGUGCCAAUAUGGGCCAACGCGAAACUUUAUCUCAAAGCGAUAUUAAUAAACUGAAUGCAAUGUAUCGUUGUCCGAGAGACAUUAAACCCUAAAAUCCUUUAACUCUUGCAACUAUAAUAAAUCGAUUUUUUAAUAAAACUUCUUAACUGAAGUA